UUUUUAUAUACAUUUCUGUAUUCCAGGGUUCAGACUCAGGCUCAGAUCUUUUCACUACAGUUCAGAGAGAGCUAUCACCAACACUGAAAAGCAACAAGAAGAUCCAACCUGAAAACAUUAGAGCUGGUGCUCUUUCUCCUCCUCACUUCAAAUAUCCCCUUCAAAAUGGGUCUUUAAGAGAUGAGCUAGUGAGUUCAUCUUCUCCUGAACCGGUGUUAAGCUACUCGGCUGCAGGACUAACAUCGAAAGCUGUGUGUGUUAGCACACCAGAAUUACCUUUUCUAGCACACAAGGUAACAAUUAGUGGCACGUCAGUCUCUGCUACCUCAGUAAAUAGUGUUUCCGAACUUCAAGAAAAUUGCCCUCCUCCUUGCCUCUCACCUAUUAUCUCUGGAGUCCUCGUGAAUUCUGACAGUAACUUCGGUAUCUCACGAACUGGAUCUUUAACUGCUAAAGGUCUUUCUGGUGGAAGUAACAAGAAUAACGAUCUUAUUUCUCCAUCUACCUACCCAUCCAAGUCACUGCCAAUACUUGCUACACCCUUAAGUCAUACUCCUUUUCAAGGGAAGAACUCUUUCCCCAUCAUAAAUGGUGUAAAAACGUCUAUUUCUUGUAGUGACCCGAGUGUUGGAUCAGCACUGCCCAAAACGUCUGUACCUGUUUCAUCAUCAUCAUCAUCAUUUCCUUUUUGCAUCUCAUCUUCACACAUCCCUCAGGAACGGCCACCGUCCAUCUCUACAACAGCCUCGAAUAAGUCGACAUCCUUGGUAUCCUCCACCUCAGCUUGCUCUUCUCAUAUUUCGCACACCCCUUCUACCUCUGUUAAUUCUCGACCCACUUCAUCAGUUAGCCAGAGCAAUCUCCUUAACCAUCAUCCGGGUUUCAGCCUUACAACGCACUCCAAGACAUCUACCCUAACAGGCAGCAGGGAUAGCAACAGUAGUCUAUCCAGUCUCGGACACUCUCUGCAUAGUAACAACAACAAGGAGAGUGCUAGUCGUAGCAGCUCAAGAGGCAAUACGCCUGCUCUGAGUGCGUCUUCAGCUACAGCUCUUGGUGGACACGACCCCUCAAACAACCCCACAUGUUGUACCUAUGCUGUUGCAUCUUAUGGAAGCACUAGUCUAGUGUUUAGCAAGUCCCACUCCUGGGGGAGGUCAAAUGCAAGUCCAGUUCACGGAUGUAAUGGGCCUGCCUUAACCCGAUCGGGUGGAAGUUCUACUUCCAUUCCACUGCCUCCAUCGCUUUCCAAUAGCCACCAUUCCUCUCCAUUCGGUAACCUUCCAGGCCAUCCAACACUACAUCCUGUGAUGUUUGGUCCAGCCCUGCAUCCAGCAGCUUCGUUACCAACAUCUGGGUCGUUGGGAUCUCCAGAUGGUCCACCCCCCUAUGUUGCAGGAGAUGCCAUAUACCCACAGCCAAAUCCAGAUUAUCUACGACGAGAAUUGGACACUAGGUUCUUAGUGUCGCACGAUCGAACUCUUGGUAUUCAUCCUCCACCAUUCAUGAGGCCAGAACAUCAUCACCAUCAACAUAGCCCAUUCUUACCCCCACACCUGGGGAGUUCACUGGUUUCUCCACAGCCACCAACUGGCCACUUGUACGAGAAGUUUCCUAAGCUGGACAGCCCUAUAUAUACUAGGAACCCUCUGGGGCUACCUGCGUACAGCGGUGUGUCUCCUAUUCUUAGUGGUGAUACUACACCUUUUGUUCCUCCUAGACAUUUGGCUAGCUUUCAGCCUAAAAUGAACCCUCUUGUUAAGACCAAGAACAUGAAGUCCGGGCGGUGGUGUGCAAUGCACGUUCGAAUAGCUUGGGAAAUUUAUCAUCAUCAACAGAAACAGCAGUCCGAAGUGCACAAGGCCAGUACUACACCAUCAGCGCCUCCUGGUGAUUUGUUACAACGACCACGAGAUUUUCACAUGUCACUUCUACUCAACACAGCAGGUCCUCCACACGGCAGACCUCCGUUUGAAGGUUCUUCACACCCGAACUCUUUCCUUAACUCAUCUGCAGCCCACCUGGGUUUACCACCUUUUGCUCGACCCCCUUAUCCAAGUUUUGGAGGACCCAGCAACAGCUUUGGAAGACUCUCAUCUUUGGGUCUAGGGAGUGCUAGUGUUUUUAACAGUCGUGACCCCUCAGGACUCUCUAAUUUAAGCUUACCAUCCCAAGAUCCUUGGACCCACAUCCAUAGAAACCCUCAUUCAAUACCCGUUCCACUAGGUUCUGGCAGUAUGCCUAACCCUGCUCCUUGGGGAGGAUUGAAAGCAGAAGCAGAGCGGAAGCUUGAACGAGACAAACAAAGAAAAGCAGAACUUGAGAAAGAAAUAAGAGAAAGAGAAGUUUCAGAAAAGUGUAGAGGACAAGACAGAGAAAAGAGAAAAUAUGAUAGACAGAAAGAAAGGGACAGGGGGAAUCGAGCUUUCCAUCAAAUGAACAGUCUAGAAGGUAUACAAAAUGGAGAGGUUGUAGAGAGAAACCGAGAAUGGAAUCGAAGAGAAAGAGAGAGUUCUCGUUCUCCCAUACGUCACCAGAGGGAGUCCAGGAAGGACGGUGUCUUAGAAAACACAGAAUCGAGGGCUAAACACCCCAAGUCUCAAGAAGAUUUAACAACAUGCCCUCCUAGUGCAUCGGCAUCUACUUCACUUCCAGGCAUCUCGGAGCGUGAUAGAUUACGGGCUCUAGAAUCAGCCAAAUCUGGUAACUUUAUGAUGAAAUCCAUAGUCCCCUCACUGUCGAACUCUCGACCAAUAGAAUGUGUUGGUGUAGCAAAUUGUGAGAGUAAUCAGUUACUGUCUUCUGUUGCAAGCACUACUACUUCUAGUAAUCGCAGAGAGUCGUUUGAUUUUACUUUGACACGAGAUUCAGACAGGGAACAAGUUUUGCAAAGGUAUAGUGCCCUUAAUUCUGUGAUGUUCCACAACAGGUUUCGAGAGUUUUCAGCUUCCAGUGGCCACUUACUGCAGGACCAUGCCAAACUUGCCCCUCCUCCACUACGACCCAGUGAGUCUUGCUUUUCUUCUCCAUCUGGACUUCCCUCCUCUGUCAGUAAACAAGGAAAGUAUUGCCCAAGUCCUGCUACUUUUCUGAACAAUACCCCCCCUGGGAGAAAUAAAAAUGACUUUCCUGCUAACUAUGUCAGUGCAGUUCCUCCCCCUCUCAUUCCCUGUUCAACAGCUCCAUCUGCUAACAGUUCUCUGCACCAUUGCAGUCAAGGGUCUUCCCCCCAGCUAAGCUCUAAGUUGGGACUAAACUCUUUGGAUAACUCCCAUAAGCCUUUUUUUCAUAAAGAGAAACAAAUUAUAACUCCACUUUCUACAACGAUCAGCUCACAACCCAGAUAACGGAUCUUAAAAAUAUAGCUUACUAAACCCAUAUUACGAUUGAAAUUAGUGAAGUCACCUGUAACAGAUAUCUUUCCUCGCACAUAUCAUGGCAACUUCCCUACCUGUAGCAACAUUAGGUUGUUGUUAUUAAAACUUGUGAUGUACGAUAAGACUCACCCUCCCUCUGCAGUAAGAGAAAUUAAGUGAUUUUAAAACAUUUCUUGUACAGAGAUCUCUCAAAACUUUUAUUUCAUCACUGGUUCUUUCACCUUUUGAUAUUUAUUAUUUGUUAACCAAGGUUUUUUUUUCACACACCUCACCAGCAUGGUCAACAGUGUUAUCACUUGGUUUGCCCACCUCAGUGACUGUAGAGUAACUUGAAACAAUUCAGAUUACACCUCCACUGUUACUGUGUAUCCAACAUCUAUAGAACUUCAUCAUCAUCCUCUUUAGGGAUCGAAAUUUCUAUUUUGCUACUUGUGGGGCACGUGUUGAAGAAAAACAACGUAUUUAUAAGUCAAACUUAUGGAGUUGUAUAUUGAAACAUUUUUAUUUAGUGUACAGACUGAAUAAAAGACUUGAGAAUCAGUA